AUGGGUUCCACGGACAAGAAAAAGAUCCUGCUCAAUGCCUUUGACAUGUCCACCAUUGGGCAUCUUUCUCCCGGGCAAUGGAAGAAUCCAGUGGACAAGUCAACGACUAAACGCGACUUGACGUAUUGGAUCGAGCUGGCAAAAUUGCUUGAUAGGGGCGGUUUCAACGCCCUCUUCCUGGCCGACACAUAUGGCGGCUACGAUACAUACGAAGGUAGCUUGGACAACUGUAUCAGGAGGGCCGCCCAGUGGCCAGUGACCGAUCCUACUAUUGUACGAUGGAUGCGGCAAAUCGAUUCUUACGAACAAUCUCCUCGGGCAAUCUCUGCAAUGGCAGCAGUAACCAAGAAUCUGUCAUUUGCAAUCACCGCAUCGACAUCGUUUGAGCCUCCAUUCCUUCUUGCCAAGCGUUUCUCGACCCUCGAUCAUUUCACGCAGGGUCGUUUUGGGUGGAACAUUGUGACAUCAUGGAAGAAGGCGGCUUUCAAGGCCAUUGGGCUCGAGACGCCCAUUGAGCACGAUGAGCGGUAUCUGCAGGCCGACGAGUACCUUCGAGUUUUGUAUAAGCUAUGGGAAGGCUCCUGGUCUGACAAGGCCAUAAUUGCGGACGCAGCCAACGAUGCAUACUUUGACCCAGACCAGAUCCGCACAAUCAAGCACUCGGGCACAUACUUCAACAUCGACACGAAGCAUAUUGUUGACCCCUCUAGGCAAAGGACACCCUUCCUGUUCCAGGCGGGCACCUCGCCUGCCGGGUCCGAAUUCGCUUCGACACACGCCGAGGCCAUCUUUGUGUCGUCGCACUCCGCGGCUCUUCUGAAACCCAAGAUUGCCAAGAUCCGCCAGCUCGCGGCCUCCAAGGGCCGCGACCCGCAGUCGAUAAAGUUCUUUGCGACGUACACGCCCAUCGUCGGCAGGACAGACGAGGAGGCCCAGGCCAAGCACGCAGAACUGCUCAAGCACGUGUCGACCAUCGGAGGACUCGUGCUGGUCUCGGGCUGGACGGGCAUCGACUUGUCCAAGAUCCCGCUGGACAAGGAGCUCAGCGAGGCCGACUCGGUCGAGGCGAACAAGGUGCGCAGCGUGCUCGAGUCCUUUACAGCGACCAGUCCGGACGUGCCAAAGUGGACUCCGCGAGUCGUGGCGGAAAAGGCAUCAAUCGGUGGCUUGGGACACGUCGCCGUGGGCAGCCCCGCGACAGUCGCGGACGACAUGGAGAAGUGGAUCGAGGAGGGCGAUCUUGACGGCUUCAAUAUUGCCUAUGUGACCACUCCCGGCAGUUUCGAGGACGUCGUGGAGCUGCUCAUCCCGGAGCUCAAGAGGCGAGGUAUCUACAGGGAGGACCUCCCGGGCCCUGGUGAGGAGAAUCUCACGGCAAGAGAGAGGGUUUAUGGCAAGGGCCAGGCCAGGCUGCGAGACGAUCAUAUUGGCUCGCAGUACAAGUAUGACGUGUACAAAGAGGACUCAGGUAGCGAUGCAGCCAGCGGAAGUGAAGCGCAAGCAGCCUGAAGCAUCGUCUUCAGGCAUGUAGAUCAUCGAGUUCCC